CCACCGUAAAAGAAACCAGAGAUCGUGUUUGUGUUCAGUCUGUUGUAAUGGAGACUUCUGCAAUGAUUUUCGACCUGAACUCUGUGAGCCUGGCUUUGGUACUGGGUUUGAUCUUUCUGGUUCUGUUUGAGAUGAUGAGGAUUCAUUUCACCAAAGCUCAAUAUCCACCUGGACGCAGACCUUUCCCUUUUGUGGGAACUGUGCCAUAUUUUAUAAAGGAUCCAAUGGGAUCUGUCAGAUCAAUCAGCCAGUUUGGAGAGUUGUCCACUAUUUACUUGGGAAGAAAACCAGCAAUAAUCCUGAACACACUGGAGAUCAACAAGGAAGCCCUGGUGCAAGAAGGUUCAUCUUUUUCUGGAAGACCAGUUAUACCUGUUAUAGAAUGGAUAACUAAAGGACUCGGUAUUGUAAUGGUGACGUAUGGUCACACCUGGAGACAGCAAAGAAGGUUUGCUCUCCACACGCUCAGAAACUUCGGCCUGGGAAAGAAAUCUGUGGAAGAGCGUGUGUUAGAUGAAGGCCAUUACCUGGUUACUGAGAUGCUCAAAGAUGAAGGAACGGCAUUUGACCCACAGCACGCCUUACAGAAUGCAGUUUCCAAUAUAAUCUGUUCCAUCAUAUUUGGAGAUCGUUUUGAAUAUGAUAACAAACGCUUCGCAUACCUUCUGAAAAUCCUCAAUGAGAACUUUAUGCUGACGGGGUCACCUGUGGGACAGAUCUUCAACUUGGUUCCUUUCAUCAAACACUUCCCUGGACCUCACCAGAAGAUCAAUCAGAACGCCACUGAGUUACUGGAUUUCAUUCGUGAAGAAGUUAAAGAACACAGACAAACUUUGGAUCCAGAAAACCCACAAGACUUCAUUGAUGCCUACAUGUUAGAAAUUGAGAAACAAAAAUCACACGAGGACUCAACGUUUCAUGAGGAGAACAUGGUUGUGUCAGCAGCCGAUCUCUUCUUGGCUGGAACCGAUACGACGUCCACCAGCAUCAGAUGGGGACUCAUCUUCUUGAUGGACAACCCAGAUGUACAAGAGAGAUGUCAUAAGGAGAUUGUUCAGGUGUUGGGUUAUGACCGUCUGCCCAGCAUGGUUGACCGUGAAAAACUUCCAUACACAUACGCCACUGUUCAUGAGAUUCAGCGCUGUGCUAACAUUGUUCCUCUUGGUGUAGUUCAUGAAACCACACAGCCAACCAAACUAAGAGGAUAUGACAUUCCCAAGGGAACUAUGAUCAUGACAAACUUGACAGCAAUUUUCAGUAAUAAGGAGCACUGGAAAUCUCCGGACACUUUCAAUCCAGAUAAUUUCUUGGAUGAGAACGGACAUUUCUACAAACCUGAGGCAUUCGUCGCUUUCUCAAUGGGUCCAAGGGUCUGUCUCGGAGAGACCCUGGCAAGGACAGAGCUUUUCCUUUACAUUGUGUCUCUACUACAGCGGAUUCAUUUCUCCUGGCCACCGAACUCACCGCAUCCAAACAUGGAUGGUAUCCUGGGUCUGGUGAGAUACCCUGAGCACUUUGAAAUCAUCUGUCGUAGCCGAGAUGCCAAAGACCGUCAGUGACCCAACAGGCCAACAGAAAGAAAAGAACACUGAAAUCUGUCUGCAUCCACAUUCAGAAUAAAAGCUGCUGUUCAGAAACUACAGAUACUUCUUGUAGAAUAUCCUUAAGAUUGUUGCGGUCCAGGAUUGAUAUAUUGACAAUUUUUAGGCAUCCUUUGAUUUCCCCCCACAAUGACAAUUGCUCACCAUCUCCCCUCAUUUUUAGGAAACCAAAACAUCUUUAUUUCAGACAGGUAUUUGUUCCAAAGGUCAGUUUAGCCACAUGGAUAAACCAACACAGACCAGUAGUUAAUUUCAGGCCAGGCACAUAAGCUUGGCAACACGCGUGUCUAAUGAAACUGUCUAUUUAAUGUACUUGUAUUUGCUGUCUUGUGCUGAUUCAUUGUAUUCAUUUUUUCAGGAGAUUCUGAAGUCCCAAGUAUCGUAUGUGUGUUUUUUUUUAAAUAUCUAUAUUUUGCCAACUCACAAGUGUUUCUUCAUGUCCUUGUUUACAGUGGUUUAGGCCGUCUUGUUUGGGCCAUGGUUUUUGUUUUAUUUAGAUAAAAACAUUUAUGUCUGAACCUGCUGUCUGUAAUUGUG